CGCGGGUCGGUGCCCGGGUUGCCAUGGUGACGGCGACGCCAUCCUUGAUAAGAGUGUGAUGAGUUCCGGUGGGCGGCAAGUAUGAGCGCAAGUGAACUGGACGUGCAGGCACUGGCUGCCCUCCUCUAUCCUCCCGGUGAAGAGGAAGAGGAGGAGGAGCGAAGCCCUACAAAAAGUGUUACUCCUGCUGACCUGGGAAGUAAUUCCUUCAAAGUGAGGCAAGGCCAACAUGUCAAACAGCCUGCCACUGACAUGUCUGGAUCCUCAUCCAUGUCCCAUGAGGAUACAUGGAAGGAAGCACUGGAUGACAUUGGUAUCAGUGAUCCUCGCCCCCAGCCACAGUAUGAGGUGACCUUCAGGGAGCGAGUCACUCCCAGCCAAGUGUGUCUUCCGAUCAGCAUGGGGAAUGCAGGUGAAGAAGAUGUAGUAGUUCGUGUUGAGCUGCCUGGGGAGCUUUUGACUGAAGUCACUCUGGAGGUUACAUCCACAACUCUGAACUUGACUUCUCCCACGUACCACCUCCAUCUACCACUUCCCCGUCCAGUCAAUCAGCGCAAAGGAGUGGCAACCUGGGACCCAACAGCACACACUCUUGUUGUCACCCUCCCAACAGUACACUCUACAUCACUCCUUCAACCAUCCACUAAAUAAUUACAAUCCAUCCCAAACAAAGAUGAGUCUAUCCAUCCACAUGAAAUCAGCAAUGAAGCUGCUGUUGUACCAUCUAAAUGCCAAGUAUGUACAUAAUACUUAUAGACAUUGUAAGUAGAGUAAUGUGAUUCUGCUCUGCAAAAAAUAAUGUGACAAAUAUAUGUAUAGUAUCAUUUCAAAAGUUUACAAUAAUAGUAAUACUAGAUAUAUGCAAAAUAUUGAAAAUAAUAGUAAUGAUACAUAGUCUUGAAGUAUAUUUUACUUUAUUUCAACAAAGAAGCAAGAAAUCACGAAACAUGUAAUAUAUUCUACAAUUACUCUUAUCACUAUUACAAAGUUCUGAAAGACUCCUUGAGUAAGAUAUUAAUUGUCAAUGUUAUUUGAUACAGAGUUGAGCAUUCGCCAAACUAUGUCAUUAUGCUUCACUGAUAUGCAUCAUAAGCUUCAUCUUGACAGAUAUUUGAACUUGAUUUCUUUGUGCAUGGGUAGUACUGCAGUACCAUCUUAGAUAGCUUCCCUAGAGGCAGCAUGGAGGGCUCAGGUAGGUAUUAAUGUAUGGAUUUUUCAAAUCAUACAGUAGCUCUAAAAAUAGGAAGAGUGGUUUCCUUGUAAGAUUAUGUUUAAAUUUAAUUGGUGUUGUAUGAUUCAAGUUCAAGCUUGAUCCUGCAAAUGUUGAUGUCACUGAACUGAAAUAUGACAUCCUGUCCACAAAUAGUCUCACCACCUUUACUUGACCAACUGGAACACUGUUCUAUAAAAUCAUUUAUACUUGACAAUUAAGUUUAGACUUUUAACCAGGUAACAUAUUAGUACUGUUGAUAAUCUUUGAUAGGUCCGAGUGUUAAAAAAUCACAUCUUUCAUUCACCAUGAAGAAGGUAAGUUAUCUAUGUCUCUAAAUUCAGGGACAUUGUUGUCUAAUACAGGAGACUGAAGCUACAGUGGCUUUUUGUAACAUGGUGGUUUCCAUUCCUAAGCAGAAAAAGGCAGUCUUCUAGGGAUUCAUAUGGCACCAGGCACACCACCUGCCUAUUAAGAGUUACAGUACAUUCAAAUGUCAAUGGGCAUUGCAAUGGAAAGGUAGGCAUUCACAAUACAUGCAGAACACUGCUAUGAUAAGGAUUGUCCAUACAUCCUUCAUUCUACAACAUUCAGCUAACUUAUCAUAAACCACUCUCAAUUAAUUUGAUGAUUGUUUGCUGUGAAUAUGGCACAUAAAAGAAGAAUGCACAUUUCUAAUAUUUACAUAAACAGAUGGAAGAAAUGUCCCAUUGUGAGUACUACUAUGUUAAUUUUUAACACUUACCUAAAUCAAACCAAAAAUAAAAGCCGAGACGAAGAACACCUUGUUCGGUCUGUUUGAGGUCUGAUAGAAGAUACCCAACUAUCACCAAGAUAGUCUGUUUAACACUCUGAGGAAUGAUGUGUCUGUCUGCAACAUUACUUGGAAACAUGUUUACUUUUAUAA